GGGCUUUAGCGUCACCAUUGGUCCACUACAGCUCCUCCUCUAGCCAAUAGUAGUGCAUCAGUUUAUCGGAAAGUGAAAGAGUUUCUCUCUCAGCCUCGACUGCAUUUUGUCUCUGUUGGAAAAGCAGAAAAACCGCAACACCAGGCAGAAACGGUGAUAUUAAUGUCACACAACAUGGACUGCUGAAUAAAAGUAAGUUAUUUCUUUAACAGAAACGACUUUAUAUUUUAUUUUACUGGUGUAAAAAGAGCAGUAAGAAAACUGCGUGACUUCCCCGGAACUGAAGCCAUCUUCCCUGCAGCAGGGCGGUGGUUCAGACAGAAACGGGAACAGGACAGGAGUAUUCUAAAAGCGACUCGUGUAAACACCUUAAUCACAAUAUUGUCUUACUCAGAAUAAGGGCAAUAAUUAGAUUACUGCUGUCCAUGGAAACGUAGUUUACAAAGUUCGUGGUUAGUUGAAGGUUUUCACACUGCGGGUAAGUGAAAGAAAUAAAAUACACUGAGAUAUGUAAGAGUAUAAAGAAAUAAAAUCAAGUAAAGUCGAGUAUAAAGAAAUAAAAUACACUGAGAUAUGUAAGAGUAUAAAGAAAUAAAAUCAAGUAAAGUCGAGUAUAAAGAAAUAAAGUCAAGUAAAGUCGAGUAUAAAGAAAUAAAGUCAAUGGUUAGUUGAAACAUAAUUAUAAACAGCAGCAGAAAAUGUGAAGAGAAGAAAAGACUGGUAGAAAUCCGACACGCGUAGGCUUACUCGUGAUCCAGUCCAGUAGGUGGCGGUAUCACACCAACAGUCACGAGGUGUGUUUAAUUGCUGUGUGUGUUUUAUUGCUUUAGUGUUUUAUUUCUCUUCGGAUUGCAGUCCUGGUUUAUUAUUACUAAUGUUAUUACUAAUGUUAUUACAUACAAUCAAACUGUAAUAACCUAAUAGUAAUAUUGUGGGCCUUCACACUCACAUACAGAGCAACCGUGUGUGUGUGUGUGUGUGUGUGUGUGUGUGUGUAUGUGUGUGUGUGUCACUGCAUUCUGACUGUAUACAGUGCGUAUGAGUUUAAAACACAAGCCAUAAAAUGUUAUUAUUUGUCCUGAUCACUGAGACUGAAUUAGUGAAUGUAAAAAAGAGCUGUGAUUUAAAUUCGAGACUGCCCAUGUGUGUGUGUGUGUGUCCUGUACAGUAAGUGCUUGUGCCAUGCAACAGUAUGUACAGUAUGUGUUUCCAACAUGUGAUCUCUCCAGCUGCAUGCAGAAAUAAACUAAAGAGUCUCUUUUACAGCAAAGUGAAAUGAGUUCAUUUCUUCAACUCUAUUCAUUCAUUCAUUUAUUUAUUUCCAAUUUAAAAUGAAUCUAAGUGAUCUGACUCAAAGAGUCGGUUCGUUUUCUGAACGGCACAUCACUCACAGUGAAUCAGUUUUAACCGAAAGCAGUGACUAUAUUUGCAGCAAUUUUCUGUAAAUAGUAACACAAUGUGCCUUGUUUACUACGCUGACUACAUUUACAGUAGCACUUGUUUCUGGGAGUGAUGGAGAGACGGCAUUAAUCAGUUUUCCUCUUCACUUUUGGAGGAAAAGGGGAUUGCCCCAUAACACAGAAUGCAUUUACAGCUUCAGCCGGUAGGGGGCGGAGCCAAACGUCACAGGUAGUGACGUCAGUUUACCGGAAAGUGGAAGAGUUUCUGCCGACCACAAAAAGCAGGAAGAAGAAGAAGAAGUUUCUCUCUCAGACUCGACUCCAUUUUGUCUCUGUUGGAAAAGCAGAAAAACCUCAACACCAGGCAGAAACGGUGAUAUUAAUGUCACACAACAUGGACUGCUGAAUAAAAGAGUGUCAGUAAUUCCAGCAGAAGAGAUCAGCAUCUUCAGGACUCAGCUGUGUGUCCAUGAGCUGUCUGUGUUUACACUAAUAUUCAAACAUGGAGACCCCUGACCUGGACACAGAUAAUGUGACCCCGCCCACAAAAACACGUAAACUACAGAGAAAGAGAUCAGACUCACCAGAACCCAGCUGUGUCUCCAUGAAGAGCGAUGCGUCUAUGGAUCCUCCUCGGAACUUUAAAAAUGGAAACCCCUCGUCUGUACACAGUAAACUCAAGAGAAAGAGAUCAGACUCCCCAGAACCCAGCUGUGUCUCCAUGAAGAGUGAUGCGUCUAUGGAUCCUCCUCGGAACUUUAAAAAUAAAGACUCCUCAUCUGUACUCAGUAAACUACAGAGAAAGAGAUCAGACUCACCAGAACCCAGCUGUGUCUCCAUGAAGAGUGAUGUGUCUAUGGAUCCUCCUCGGAACUUUAGAAAUAGAGACUCCUCACCUGACAACAGUGUUCUACAGAAGUCAGGAGACAGUAGAGAAAAGAACAUCAUCACAGCUAUAGGACACGACCCGGAACCUGCUGCUGUAAAUGACUUCCAGAAAAAGUUCAAAUUAAAUCUGGUGAAGAAGUUUCAGUGUUUAAAUGGAGUGAUGAUAAACCGGGAAAACCGAACACUCCUGAAUGAGAUCUACACAGAGCUCUACAUCACAGAGGGAGACGGUGGAGACGUCAAUAAAGAACAUGAGGUGAGACAGAUCGAGGCAGCAUCCAGGAGAACAACAACAGAGGAAACACCGAUCAAAUGCAAUGACAUCUUUAAGCCCUUAUCUGAUCAAGACAAACCCAUCAGAACUGUGCUGACAAAGGGAGUCGCUGGCAUCGGAAAAACAGUUUCUGUGCAGAAGUUCAUUCUGGACUGGGCUGAAGGGAAAGUAAAUCAGGACGUCCAGCUCAUGUUUCCACUUCCUUUCAGAGAGCUGAAUUUGAUGAAGGACCAGAAACUGAGUCUGAUGGAUCUCCUUCAUGUCUGUUUUAAGGAGACAAAAGAAACAGAAAUGUCCAGUUUGGAAAAGGUUCUGUUCAUUUUUGACGGAUUGGACGAGUAUCGUUUUCCUCUGGAUUUCCAGAACACAGAGAGAGUGUGUGAUGUAACUGAAUCAGCAUCAGUGCAUGUGCUGCUGAUAAACCUGAUCAAAGGGAAUCUGCUUCCCUCUGCUCUCAUCUGGAUCACCUCCCGACCAGCAGCAGCUGAUCAAAUCCCCUCUGAGUGUGUCCAUCGAGUCACAGAGGUACGAGGGUUCAAUGACCCACAGAAGGAGGAGUACUUCAGGAAGAGGAUCGGUGAUCAGAGCCUGGCCAAUAACAUCAUCACACACCUGAAGUCAUUAAGAAGCCUCUACAUCAUGUGCCACAUCCCAGUCUUCUGCUGGAUUUCAGCCACUGUUCUAGAGAGAAUGUUGGGUGAAGAAGAGAGUGGAGAGAUGCCCAAGACUCUGACUCAAAUGUACACACACUUCAUCAUUCAGACAAACAUCAUAAGAGAAAAGUACUCAAAGAAGCAGGAGAGUGAUGAAGAAAUGCUUCUCAAACUGGGACGACUGGCUUUUCAGCAGCUGAUGAAGGGCAACCUGAUCUUCUAUGAGGAAGACCUGAGAGAGUGUGGCAUUGAUGUGAGAGAAGCAGCAGUGUACUUAGGUGUGUGUACUCAGAUCUUCAGAGAAGAGUUUGGACUUCACCAGAGUAAAGUGUACUGCUUUGUUCAUCUGAGCAUUCAGGAGCAUCUCGCAGCUCUGUAUGUGCACCUGACAUUCAUGAAAGAAAAGAGAAAUGUUCUUGUACAGAGUUGGCUUUCUGAACCAGAGAUUUUAUCUGACGAAGAGGAUGAAUCGGAGAUGUUCUCUGAAUCUGAGAUGUUCCAUCACCAGUGGAUUGAAGAAAUUACAGUCUCAGAUGUCCACAAGAGUGCUGUAGAUCAGGCCUUAAAGAGUGAGACUGGACAUCUGGAUCUUUUCCUCCGUUUUCUUCUGGGUCUCUCACUAGAGUCCAAUCAGAAACUCUUACAUGCCUUAGUAACACAUGCAGGAAGUAGCUCCCAGACAGGAAAGGGGGACACGGUACAGUACAUCAAGGAGAUGAUCAGUGAAGAUCCCCCUACAGAGAAAUCCAUAAAUCUGUUCCACUGUCUGAAUGAACUGGGGGACAAUUCUCUAGUGGCGGAAAUCCAACGCUACCUGAAAUCUGGAACACAAAGUGAACUCUCUUCUUCACAGUGGUCUGCUCUGGUGUUUGUCUUACUGACAUCAGCAGAGGAGCUGGAGGAAUUUGACCUGAGUAAAUAUAUCUCUACAGAUAAAAUAAGAGAUAGGAUUCUUGUGAAGGUGAUGCCUGUGAUUGCAGCAUCCAGAAAAGCAAUUAUCAGGUGUGAUACAAUUCAAUACAGUGGUUGGUCAGCUCUGGACUCAGUGCUCAGCUCAGAAACCUCCAAUCUGAGAGACCUGCAUCUGACUGUGGAUACACUGAAUCUGACUGGGAGUUAUCUAGGAGCCUCAGGAGUGAAGCGUCUCUCUGCUCUACUGGAGAAUCCUCAGUGUAAAGUAAAAAAUCUGAGGUUGCGUGGUUGUGAUAUCUCAGGUGAAGACUGUGCUGCUCUGACUUCAGCUCUGAAAUCAAACCCCUCACACCUGAGAGACCUGAAUCUGUCUGGGAAUAAUCUAGGAGACUCAGGAGUGAAGAGUCUCUCUGCUGUACUGGAGAAUCCUCUCUGUAAACUGGAGAUACUGAAGUUAUGGAGGUGUGAUGUCUCAGUUGAAGGCUGUGCUGCUCUGACUUCAGCUCUGAGAUCAAACCCCUCACACCUGAGAGACCUGAAUCUGUCUAUAAAUAAUCUAGGAGACUCAGGAGUGAAGAGUGUCUCUGCUGUACUGGAGAAUCCUCUCUGUAAACUGGAGAUACUGGGGUUGUGGAAUUGUGGUGUCUCAGAUGAAGGCUGUGCUGCUCUGACUUCAGCUCUGAGAUCAAACCCCUCACACCUGAGAGAACUGCAUCUGUCUGAGAAUAAACUAGGAAACUCAGGAGUGAAGAGUGUCUCUGCUGUACUGGAGAAUCCUCUCUGUAAACUGGAGAAACUGGGGUUGUGGAAUUGUGGUGUCUCAGGUGAAGGCUGUGCUGCUCUGACUUCAGCUCUGAGAUCAAACCCCUCACACCUGAGAGACCUGAAUCUGUCUGAUAAUAAACUAGGAGACUCAGGAGUGAAGAGUCUCUCUGCUGUACUGGAGAAUCCUCUCUGUAAACUGGAGAAACUGUGGUUGUGGAAUUGUGGUGUCUCAGGUGAAGGCUGUGCUGCUCUGACUUCAGCUCUGAGAUCAAACCCCUCACACCUGAGAGACCUGAAUCUGUCUGAUAAUAAACUAGGAGACUCAGGAGUGAAGAGUCUCUCUGCUGUACUGGAGAAUCCUCUCUGUAAACUGGAGAAACUGUGGUUAUGGAGGUGUGGUGUCUCAGAUGAAGACUGUGCUGCUCUGACUUCAGCUCUGAGAUCAAACCCCUCACACCUGAGAGACCUGAAUCUGUCUAUAAAUAAUCUAGGAGACUCAGGAGUGAAGAGUCUCUCUGCUGGACUGGAGAAUCCUCUCUGUAAACUGGAGAUACUGGGGUUGCGGAAUUGUGGUGUCUCAGAUGAAGGCUGUGCUGCUUUGACUUCAGCUCUGAGAUCAAACCCCUCACACCUGAGAGAACUGCAUCUGUCUGAGAAUAAACUAGGAGACUCAGGAGUGAAGAGUGUCUCUGCUGUACUGGAGAAUCCUCUCUGUAAACUGGAGAAACUGGGGUUGUGGAGUUGUGGUGUCUCAGAUGAAGGCUGUGCUGCUCUGACUUCAGCUCUGAGAUCAAACCCCUCACACCUGAGAGAACUGGAUCUGUCUGGGAAUAAACUAGGAGACUCAGGAGUGAAGUGUCUCUCUGCUGUACUGGAGAAUCCUCACUUUAAACUGGAGAUACUAAAGUUGUGUAAUUGUGGUGUCUCAGAUGAAGGCUGUGCUGCUCUGACUUCAGCUCUGAGAUCAAACCCCUCACAUCUGAGAGAACUGGAUCUGUCUGAGAAAAAACUAGGAGACUCAGGAGUGAAGUGUCUCUCUGCUGUACUGGAGAAUCCUCACUGUAAACUGGAGAUACUGGGGUUGUGGGGUUGUGGUGUCUCAGGUGAAGGCUGUGCUGCUCUGACUUCAGCUCUGAGAUCAAACCCCUCACACUUGAGAAAACUGGAUCUGUCUAAGAAUAAUCUAGGAGACUCAGGAGUGAAGAGUCUCUCUGCUGUACUGGAGAAUCCUCACUGUAAACUGGAGAUAUUGAAGUUGUGGAAUUGUGAUAUCUCAGAUGAAGGCUGUGCUGCUCUGACUUCAGCUCUGAGAUCAAACCCCUCACACCUGAGAGAACUGGAUCUGUCUGAGAAUAAACUAGGAGACUCAGGAGUGAAGUGUCUCUCUGCUGUACUGGAGAAUCCUCACUGUAAACUGGAGAAACUGGGGUUGUGUGAGUGUGGUGUCUUAGAUGAAGGCUGUGCUGCUCUGACUUCAGCUCUGAGAUCAAACCCCUCACACCUGAGAGAACUGGAUCUGUCUAAGAAUGAACUAGGAGACUCAGGAGUGAAGUGUCUCUCUGCUGUACUGGAGAAUCCUCACUGUAAACUGGAGAUACUGUGGUUGGAAGAUUGUGAUAUCUCAGGUGAAGGCUGUGCUGCUCUGACUUCAGCUUUGAGAUCAAACCCCUCACACCUGAGAGAACUCAAUCUGUCUCUGAAUAAACUAGGAGACUCAGGAGUGAAGAGUCUCUCUGCUGUACUGGAGAAUCCUCACUGUAAACUGGAGAUACUGAAGUUGUGUAAGUGUGGGGUCUCAGUUGAAGGCUGUGCUGCUCUGACUUCAGCUCUGAGUUCAAACCCCUCACACCUGAGAGAACUGGAUCUGUCUCAUAAUAAACUAGGAAACUCAGGAGUGAAGAGUCUCUCUGCUGGACUGGAGAAUCCUCUCUGUAAACUGGAGAUACUGAAGUUGUGUGAGUGUGGUGUCUCAGGUGAAGACUGUGCUGCUCUGACUUCAGCUCUGAGAUCAAACCCCUCACAUCUGAGAAAACUGGAUCUGUCUGUGAAUAAACUAGGAGACUCAGGAGUGAAGUGUCUCUCUGCUGUACUGGAGAAUCCUCACUGUAAACUGGAGAUACUGAAGUUGUGUAAUUGUGAUAUCUCAGAUGAAGGCUGUGCUGCUCUGACUUCAGCUCUGAGAUCAAACCCCUCACACCUGAGAGAACUGGAUCUGACUGAGAAUAAUCUAGGAGACUCAGGAGUGAAGUGUCUCUCUGCUCUGAAGAAUGAUAAACAAUCCAAACUACAGACACUGAGACUACACACAUCUCAGCACCGAGUAGAACGACCUGUGAUCCCUGGACAACAUUUCCUCAGUCCCAAUGAAAACCUGAGGGAUUAUUUGGAACAGCAGGUGAAAAACCACACGAACACCAGCUGAACCCAGUCAGUGGAAGACGGAACUGAAAUGGACAGGAACAGUUUCAUGACAUUGGUGGGAUUCUCACCUGACAGGAUUAGCAUCUGAGGAGUUUAUGUGAAGAAGCCCCUAGGAGACUCACUACAAGUCACAUUUAUCACUCUGUCCUUUAGUUGGUGUUUAAUAUAGUGUAGAUCUUUUGGUUACAGGAUCAGAACUAAUCUGUUCUUUAUUUUCUUUGAUAUCUGAUCCCCAUUUGUUUGCUAGUAUCAGCUGAUCAUACCCGGUAUGGGAUCAGUGCCAUCUCUAUUACUUAAGUAUACACUGCUUGCAAUAUUUUCCAUAAAUGUAUCAGUGGAAUACAGUAUAUUUUGAAGAAGUGAAUAUAUAUGUACAAUAUAAUUAUGUAAUACGAUGUUAUUAUUUGUGCUGUAUAAAAUUAGUUCAUGUAUUUAACAAAUUUUUGCUAUCUGUCAUGUUUAGAGAAGGAACUCUGGACUACAGUUCCCAGCAACCACUGCACCUC